AUGGUGGAAGCUGUGGCGGCCGCCUUCGCACAGGAGCCACGGCUGAAGGAGGUGGGGCUUGGCUUCCUUUGCGACCACUCGGGCAAGCUCUUCACGAAGAAGCCGAGCUUGAAAGAUGCAAUCUUUGCAGUGGUCAAGGCUACGAAUGGGGCGAGCCGAUUGAGUGCCUACAUGCUUCGGGAUGCGAUCCUUCGGUUCUACACCAAUAACCACUUGUUUCCGGCUGGGCUAUGUGCAGAUGCUGAGUGUUGGCCGCACCCGGCGGAUUUGCAAGAGCGCCAGGUGAGUCGCUUGGCUUCGCAGCUUCAGGGUCUUCGUUUGCUGAGCAAGGACUCGGUUUUCGCUGACCUCGCCACGUGGCUGCCUGAACCUUCGAAAGGGUUCCCCUUAUCCAGCCAGUAUGCAGGGGCCUUCGACGCUGAGGAUGUGGAUGGCAUUCACGAGCCGCCUGAGGAUCAUGAACCCAAGCCCAAAAAAGCGGGGAACAAGAAAGCUACGAAGCCGAAGAGCAAGGCAGGUUCCAAAAAAGCGGGGCCCAAGAGCAAGGCAGGUUCCAAAGAAACGGGGCCCGAGAGCAAGGCAGGUUCCGAAGAAACGGGGCCCGAGAGCAAGGCAGGUUCCGAAGAAACGGGGCCCGAGACGGAGGAGCUGGACCCGGACUUAAUCGAUCAGUACGUGCCCAACCUCUAUGGUGAGAAGCGACUAACGUACAUCGCUACACACGCUCCACAGCAUGGCAACAAGGAGGCAGCUAAUAUGUGGAACUCGUCGCUUCAGAAGGCUAGGCUGCUGGCUGGUGUGAGCUUACGGGAGCUUAAGAAAAGGAAGUUCGUUCCCAAAGAAGCCACCGAAAACCCUUUUGUCAAGAUCGUCAAGCAGGCGAAGCUUGCUGCAGUGGGCGGGGCAUGA